CAGGAGACCAGGAAGAUGACAGACAUUCAAACCAAGUGUGCCUACCAAAAGCAGCUGACCAUCUUUCAAAACAAGGAGAGGGUCCUGCUGGGAGAAACUGGCAAGGAGAAGCUCCCGCGGUACUACAAGAACAUCGGUCUGGGCUUCAAGACACUCAAAGUGGCUACUGAGGUCACCUGCAUUAACAAGAAAUGCUCCUUCACUGGUCGUGUCUCCAUUAGAGGGCGGAUCCUCUCUGGCAUGGUGACCAAGAUGAGGAUGCAGAGGACCACUGUCAUCCGCCGAGACUACCUCCACUGCAUCCACAAGUACAACCGCUUCAAGAAGUGCCACAAGAACAUGUCUGUACACCCUUCCCCCUGCUUCAGGGACAUCCAGAUCGAUUACAUCAUCACAGUGGGCAAGUGCCAGCCCCCGAGCAAGACUGAGCGCUUCAACGUGCUCAAGAUCACCAAGGCUGAGGGCACUGAGAAGCAGUUCCAGAAGUUCUGA